GGGGGGAGUCUCCUCUCCGUCUGGAGCCUCUAGACCACUCGAACCUGAUCACGAGCGUGCCGUCAGGUAGAUAUCUGUCCUUACAAAAAAAAAUAUAAAAAUGCCAUCGUUUGUGUUUCGAAAGUGUACCAAUUAUGACUCCAAAGUAAACUAAACACAAGGGAUCUCAUACCACAUGUAAGUAUGCAAAUUAUUUAGAGUAUUUAGUAUAUUUCAAUUAUUUUGUCGAACAAUUUGAUGACUGACCCAAGGACGAAAUAAUACAUGUGAAAAAAGAGAGAGCGAACUAUUUUUAACGUGAGUGCGAUAAGGAUGUGCCCGCUGCGGACAUAGAUUAGGUAAAAUUUACUUGUGCAGAAGCCAAUAUUGAUGGUAACUUUAAUGCCUACAAUUAAGAUAGAAAAUUUGCACAUACACUUAAUUUUUAUUCUUCUGCUGCCUACAAAUAUGAAGCGUGUUUCACACUGCAUUACCACAUCCACGUGUAUUAUCGAAAUGGUAUGAAAAUACUUCUUCCUCGCCUGAAUUUACUAAUGCCCGGUUUCUGAAGUCACUAGUUAAACCCCCAAUAGCUAUUGACCAGUUAAAGUUGUGGAAAAGUAAACGUCGUUUAACUGCCAGUGUGUUUCUGAAUACACGAAGCACGGUUCGAUAACUAUUUGACAGAUAACUAGUUCUUUUAACGGCCGCUAGAUGGGUUUGAUUACCAUGCUAUACUAAAAAUAAGUUUUAUCAUCUUAAUUCAGCGCCUACGGGCUGGAAAAUAACAAUAUAGAAUUUUCCUGGUAUAAUGGAGGGACAUACCACAAAAAGUGAUAGUACCCCACAGACUGACAAAACUACGCAUGGCGUUGGUCAGGAGAACCCGAAAAGGGCCCCUUCUCCAACGACUGCUAGCAUCGCCAGUUUGGCUGCCGCGUUAUCCGAUCUUCGUUUGAAGAUCAAUGAGGACGACCCAACUGUGUUAGGCCCCAUUAACGCCGGCGACUUUGUCACCAUUGCCUGCGCCUUAUGGCGUCAGACGGGAGACUUGUCGCGCGGGGUUAGGUACACCGGUCAACCUGGAGUUGUGACUGUUUUUGCAGCACCGCCCCAGGAAGUCCGAACGUACUCUUCUGUCGCGUCGGCAACCGUAGGUGCCGUCGGACCUGCUGGUCGCAAAACGACGAAGUCCGCCAAGACGUCCCCAAAAGGGGCGGUCAAGAAGGGGGCAGAGCAGCGGGGCGAACCCGCUGUUGUCCCACCCAAAAGACCAGCGCUUGACGAGCGUCGCCGGAAGGCGUACCUUGCCUGCAUCACCGCGUUAAAGCGGACUAAAGGUGCAGACAGGUUGGCUCUGUUCGAGAAGUUUGGGGUCAAUAAAGACUCCAUACGCGAGCGCAUCGAUAAGAUGCGUAUCGACGAACUAGGGCACCGCAGUCCGAGGGAGCCUUGGCUCUUGUCACUCGGAUUGAUACCCGAGUCGCAUCUGACGUCGUGGUACGAUAUGUCCACGGCCGAGGAAAUGCGAGAGUCGGCGGCGAAGAAGGCAGACGGUGCGGUCAAAAAGGCCGCCAAAUCGUCCUUGUCUGAGGAGACCCCGGUAGAAGCGCCCGCCAAAAGCGCUGCGCCCAAGCCGGGGCCUGCUCCGAAAAAGUCGGAACCUCAGUUGCCCCCUAAGCCGAAGACCAAAGAGGCCAAGGCCGCCGCUAAGCCUAGUGCUGGCACAAAAGCGCCCGCACCAGCGACUAAGGCGGCAAAGCCUGCUGGCAAAGCAGUCGGUGAUAAGGCCGAGACCAAGGGGGCAAAGGCCCCCAAGGCCAAGGGGCCCGCACCCGCGCCCGUUCUGAUCUCAAAGGAGAUGAACGACGCGGAUAUGAGCCUUCUCGUCAACCUGUCAGAGGUCCUCGGAGCCGAGGGCCUCUGGGAGGAGGACGGGACACCCUCUCUACCGUCAGGGAUGGCGCCACCAUUCGUCCGCCUUGCGGCACGAAAGGCACUACGCCUGGCCACUCUCGAUAAAUAUCUAGAGAGCGGCUCCCUGUGUUCGCCAGAGGAUAGGUCGAAGACCCGGGCGGUGGCCAUAGAUGAUCUAAAGGUCUCCACUCAGGUGGCUGCUGACCACGCGGUGCGCGUCCGUUGGGCGCUUCCGUCGGAGCUCAACAUGCCGGAUGCGCCGGUGAUGCAGGCCUUCGCACGUGUAUUUGUGCGAAAGCAGGCAUCACCAGCGACUCCCUUCGCUGUUAAGGUCGCUUUCGAACGAACAUUGGCGGGUCUUUCUGAAAAGACCAAGGCCCUCGUCGAAGCGAGCUUCAUUCCUGCCAAAAUUCGCCCCGCGCCGCCAAAGAAGGAAGGCGCCAGCGAACAAGAGCAGAAGCCGGUCAAGUGGAUUUUCCACUCUGGGACACAACACGCCGUGUUCAAUAAGGACACGUACGGUGGUCCGACCGGUGAGGCUGGUAAGGGCGUCGGUAUGACCGUGCCCUCUACCAAUUGACCGGGACAACCCGGUGCCGGUGGGUCACAACAACGCUACCUUGUAGCGCUGUUUUUAGGGUAGGCGAAUAAUUAGUAACAUCCUUUUUAAUCCCAAGAAAUUUUUAAUUUGCUUAAUAAAAUAUACAUUAAAGUUUAAAGUCAAAUCUUAUUAAAAAUUCAAAGGGGAACUCACAUAUAUCAACAUAUAUUGUGGGCAACUUUCUUAAAUGGUUAAUUAGGCAGCUAUAACCACACAUCCCUAUCACCACUUUUAUCUUCACAAUACAGCGCUAUAUCACUAUUAAUCUCUCUACAAUUGAAGCCAUGGCCAGUGUUGCUGCAGUACUGGAAACUCAGAAGUCCCUGGAGUCAAUGUUAAUGAAGAAGAUGAGCGACCUGGAGGCUCAACUAAAAUCAUCCACUUCCAAGAAAGAUGGGGACGGGGAUAAGGUGCUGCUGAUCCGGGAAGAGUUCAACACAUUCAGGGAAGUUGUACAGAACAUACUGCUCCUCUUGCGUCAACAGAUCGCGGAAGUUCUCAAAUCUGUUGAUUUAAUUGAGACAAGGCAUCGGCAGAAGUGUUUACUCCUUAGUGGGCUUCCAGAGAAAUCCGAUGAUGAAUUGGCAGAUAGCGCUCUCUCUUUGCUUCGAAAACACUUGGGACUCUCAGAGAUUACUGGAGAGAGCAUCAAGGCGUGUUACAGACUGGGCCGAUAUAGUGAGGGGCGCAGUCGGCCAGUUGUUCUUCGUUUCACCAGUCAGAGCAUUAGGUCUAUUGUAUGGAAGAACAAGACUAAGUUGAAAGGCUCCGAUUUAGUCUUGCACGAGUUCCUGACCAGAAGCCGACAGGCUACAUUCAGAGCAGCGAGAGAGCAUUUCGGCAUCAAAAGUGUGUGGACAUCAAGCGGUAACAUUUGUAUUUCUACUCCGGAUGGUGACAGAAUACGCAUUGUCUCAAUGGAAGAACUGAAUAAACUCAUUAAGAGAUUCCCUAAGCCAUCUUCUGUUGCUGCUGUGGUGUCGGAGGGGUCAUCGGUGGUGCCUGAGGUGUCGACAGUCGUAUCUGAAGAUCCAAUUCAAUCUUCCAAGGUGCUGCAGACGCGUUCGAAGCGAGUCAACAAAAACGCUAAGUAACUCGCUAGUACAACCGUCUUGUAAAUAGUGCAUGGCAUGACUCGUCUUUACUUUUGUAAUGAUAAUUUCUCCUUCCAAUCACAAUUGUCAUAAUUUGUUAUCACAUGAAGGUAUAAUUAAUUAAUCUAUCAUUUUAAUUUUGAAGGUGUCAAGUGACAGUGACAGAACACAUUUUUAACAUUAGUGUUUUUUUUUUAAUAUUCUCCCUUUUCAAUUAAGGCAAAGGGAAUAAUGCCCAUACGGCCUUUUGACUUUCUUUUUCUUUUUUUCUUUUUUUUACUCUUGUCAAUGUUUUUACGCUUUUUCUAAUCUGUUUGUAAUCGAGUCGUGCCUCUUUUUAAAGUUUGUUGAUGACUAAUACAUAAGUGCAAAUUGUAAACCGUCUACCAGUGGGAUGUGUGUAAAUUGUGGAUGCAGAUUAUUGCUAGUGUUUAUGUGUUUAUUUUAAUAUAAUUCUGUUUUAGGUAGUAUAUUAUUAUAUUCAUUAGGUAUUUAUUUUAUAUAUUUAUAUUAUAUUUAUUUUGGUUUUUAGCUGAUACAGAUGUCGGAUUCAGAGGAAUAUUUUUCUGCUAACGAUAAUUCUACAUAUAGUUCUAUUGAUGAUUCAAGGGAUGACUUGGAUGAUAUUAGCACUGCUCUAAAACGUGAACUUCAUUGUUACUGUGAUACUCUUAACAUUUGUCACAUCAAUGCACAAAGCAUUCCACGGCACUAUACUGAUCUCCUCCACACUUUCUCUUCUGAUACGGCUCAUGCCGUGCUGGUGUCAGAAAGUUGGCUUAAGCCGUGUCUAAAUUCUAUUUCAUAUGACCUCCCAGGAUAUAAUCUCAUUCGAAAUGAUCGUAUUGGCAAAGGUGGCGGUGGGGUUGCCAUAUAUUUGUCAAAUGUCUUACCUUUCAAACUUUUAUAUUCAUCUUCGGGUUGUUUCGACUCCAUGGAAUAUCUUUUCCUUGAAGUUACUGUCAAAGGUGUCAAAAUAGUCCUGGGAGUUGUUUACUGUCCCCCUUCUAUAAAUUUUCUUACUGACCUUGAUUCAAGUUCUAGACAACUUAAAGAGCCCUGUAAUGUUCGUUGCCGCUUGAAAUGCUCAGAAAGACUUUCGCAAGACACUCGCCAGCAGAUUUUCGAACAAUAUUGGAAAAUGGCUUCAUUGUCUCGGCAGAGGGAUUUUAUUGCUAAAAGUAUGACUGAGGUAAAACCCAAAUACCAAUACAAAAGGCUACAUAAUAACAGAUUACCAAGACAUGCAUUUUACUUCACAGUAAAUGGAGAGAAACAGCGAGUGUGCAAAUUUUUUUUUAAAAACACGCUUGAUAUUAAUGACCGGCCUAUAAGAACUGGUAUUUCUAAACUAAAUACUUCUGGUAUAGUAGAGCCUGAAAAAAGAGGUAAACAUGAGAAACACGCAACAAAAAUCCCAGAAGUGCUUUUAGAAGGAGUUAGAAAGCACAUCAAUAAAAUUCCCAGGAUUGAGAGCCAUUACUUGCGUAAACAGACUACAAGAGAGUAUAUUGACGGCGGUAAAAGUCUCACUGAUCUAUAUGCAGAUUACAAAAAGGAAUGCUUAAAAAACAAUGAUGAAUACGUGAAAAUUCACACUUUUAGAAAAGUCUUUAAUACAGAGUUUAACAUCAGCUUUUUCAUUCCUAAAAAGGAUCAGUGCGAUUUGUGCACAUCCUAUAAGAAUGCUAAUCAAGAAGAAAAGAGUAGUCUGGAAGAAAAAUAUCAGAAUCAUUUAGAGGAAAAAGAAAGGAGCAGGAUUGAAAAAACUAAAGAUAAAGAGCAAAUAAGUCCAAGUAAAAUUGUGGCUUGUUACGAUUUACAAGCAGUGUUACCUGUACCAAGAGGUGACGUAUCAGUAUUUUAUUAUAAAUCUAAAUUAAAUUGUUUUAAUUUUACAAUCUGCGAACUCGGUACAAAUAACACUGAAUGCUUUUUUUGGAACGAAGUUGAAGGACAAAGAGGUGCAUGCGAAAUUGGAACGUGUGUAUACUAAUAUUUACAGAAGAAAUCUGCUGCUACAUCCGAACCUUUGGAAUUAGUAUUCUAUUCAGAUAAUUGUUGUGGCCAACAAAAAAAUCAAUUUAUCAUAUCUCUGUACAUUUAUGCUGUUGAAGAAAUGCCGAAUGUUAAGUCUAUCACCCAUAAAUUUCUAAUAAAAGGUCACACCCAAAAUGAGGGUGACGCAGCUCACUCUACAAUAGAAAGGCAAAUAA